UUGAAUUAUAUUUCUUGGUCGGUGUGAACAUGUCUUGAUUUGAUUUCCCAUGUUUAGAAGUGAAAUUGUUUCUUGAUUUGAUUGAAUUUGGCCCAAUUUUGAGAUUCUACAUUUGGGAGCUGAAUUUUCUUUUAUCUCACUCUAUCUCCAUUAAAUUCUCCCACAUGUAAACUGCGGCAUUGUCUAGUGAUUUUCGUGUUGUUGGGCCACACCUCUCUCUUGAUUUAAAAUAAAUGGAUAAAAAUGGUAUCUUUAUUCAAUAAUUAAUUGCACAAGGGGGGGCAAAGGCCCUUCCAUUUCUGCCCCCUAUGAAAGAUCGUGGCUUGUCAUGUUAAAUCUCUUAUUUAAUAGAUGAAAUAAUCAAAAUGGUAAUCAUGUUUUAAUAAAGGAGUUAGUCAAGGCUAUGGUGUGAAGAUUGUGUGAAUGUAUAGCUGUUUUGUGGGAGAUUACAGUUGUGCUAAUGUUCAAAGCUCCUACGUGGCUUAGUCUUCGCCCUCGCCCUCGCCCUUAGGUUCACUAGUUACUGCACUGUAGGUUCAAGAUUUGCUGCAAUGGCUGUGAUUGCUCUUGCAGCGUUGCUUAGCUGAUUGGGUUCGUGUGCUGCCCUGGUGUUUGGAUCGGAUAUUGAGCUCGGAUCAUGGCUUCAUCACUCGUGAAGUUAAACAAAAUGAAGAGGAUGGAGUCGAAGAAGUCUCACUCGUGGUGGUGGGAUAGCCACGUCAGUCCUAAGAACUCGAAGUGGCUACAAGAAAAUCUCGAAGACAUGGAUGUAAAUGUGAAGAGGAUGUUGAAACUGAUAGAAGAGGAUGCCGAUUCCUUUGCGAAGAAGGCUGAAUUGUAUUUUAAGAAGCGGCCCGAGCUGGUCAGUCUCGUUGAGGAGUUUUAUCGAAUGUAUCGUGCGUUGGCCGAGCGAUAUGAUCAUGUGACGGGCGAGCUCAAGAAGAACAUUCCCUCGGAUCUUCGUUCUCAGGGCUCCGGGGUCUCUGAUGUCGGUUCUGAGCCACCUUCGACCGGGCCCUCGCCUGACACAAAGCCGGCUCGCACCAAAUCCGGACCUCGUGCUGCUGGAUUCGAGUUUUUUCUCGGGAGCAACGGAAGUGGCUCGGACUUGAAUAGCAAGGAAGGUGACGAGUCUUCGACGCUGGAUUCUGAAUCGGAGUCGGAUGAUUCCUCCGUCAAUAACUACUCCAGCACGCAGAGCAACAGCGAGGAGGUGGGGUCGCGGAGGAGAGUUGUCGAGCUCGAAGCUGAGCUUCACGAGGUGAGAGAGAAGCUUCGUGUGCAGACGGAAGAGAUCUCCAAUGGUAAGCAAUGCAGCCAUGAGUGUUCCGAGAUCAAUCUAGCGAAAUUAUCAGCGUACGAAGACGAGUUGAGAGUUGCGAAAGAGAAUAUGGAAGCGUCGAAAGAAGAAAUAACGCGCCUCAAGAUCGAGCUUCAAAAGUACGAAUCUCUUGGAGAUUCGAACGACGUCCAUUCUAGUGGAGUCUUGGUAGAGAAAGAGUCGGAAACGCUAGAAUCUAGCAUAGUGUUGGAGCAAGAUCAGGAGACCGACGUUGGCUCGGAAGGCGAAGUCGGGUUGGAGCAUAAAAUUCGGAGACUCGAGCAGGACCUUAGAAGAGCGGAGAAGAAGCUUCGUGAGUCGGAAGAAGAAGUAGCGAGCCUAAGGCGGGAGCUCACGAGCAAGGGCUCGUCCGUGCAGAAUCUCCAGGAUCAGCUGAAAUCGGCACAGGAGGUCGCGGUCUGGAAAAACAAAGUCGAGCGAGAGAAACGCGACGCUGCAAGGCUACAGGACCGCAUAGUGAGGUACAAGACGAAUCUCUCGGAACGCGAUCAGGAAAUCCGGGGGCUGAAGGAGUCGAUAGGGAACGCGAACAAGGCCCUAGCUGAAGAAAACGAGCACCUUCAAGCGGAGAUGACGCGGAUGACGAAAGAACGGGCAUAUUUGGAGGAUAGCCUCAAGGAAAUCGAUCUACGAUGCCAAUCGUUGGAAGAUGACGUGAGGCGAGUGAAGUCAGCCAAAGACGAGGCGGAGGCCGUGUUCGGAGCUCAGAUCGAGCUGCUGAAGGCCGACAUUGCCGAGAGAGACAACUGCGUCGAAGAGCUCAAUAGAAACCUCGACACGUGGAAGGUGAAGCACGACACAUUGACGGCCGCCAGGGACGAGCUGAACGCCAAGGUCGCCACGCUCGGUGCAGAGAUCAGCUCGAGAGACGAGCAUCUGAACGAGCUGCAUCUGCAGCACGUCCAGCUCAUUGUUAGCGUGGAGGAGGCCCGUAAGUCCGCGGAGGAUCUGCGCUCGAGAGUCGUGGAGCUCGAGAUCGACGUGAAGAGGAAGCAAGAGGCGAUUCUCGAAGGAGCGGAGGAGAAACGGGAGGCGAUAAGGCAACUCUGCUUCUCGAUCGAGCACUACCGCAGCGGAUAUCACCAGCUCCGAGAGGCUGUCACCGGACAACACCGGUUGGCCGUGACAGCGAGAUAGACGUACGUCAGCUGUGACGGCGCGAUGAUGCGUACGUCGAAGCGACGUCGUUCUUGCUAUAUGAUGUUUGAGAGUAUUGAUGCUUUUUGAUCAGACGAUUUCCACAGCUCUUUGUAAUGCAAUUGAGUUUUUCUUCUUUUCUUGAGAGAAUAAACUAUUUGUUUAGAUUCAAGAAUGUUCAAAUCUAAAAUCCUCCCUGCAUUGUAUAGCUUCUUUUUCCACAGCUUUUUCGUGUUUUUUUUAUUUGGAUCAUUUAAACAUGAUGCGACAGCAUUUUGAAUGAAUAAUAAUAUUUUUAGAAUUUUGAUAA